UUCGCAUUUCUCCAAAAUUUUGCGUAUAAAUUUCUCUCUCCCCAGUCUACGCCGCACUCAUCCACCCAAAGCCUCCCCCACCCACCUCGCCGGAACCCUAACGGCGGUCGCCGGCGCCGGGGAUUGGCGGCGAUCGCAUUGCUGCGCCCCCCGAUGGCGACCCACGCCUCCAAGAGUUACCUAUGCGCGGGCAGCUCAUCGUUCGAUGAUCCCGACGUGGUUGAGGUGUCCCCGGCGGCCGCCGCGGCCGGGGGCUGGGCCUCGGGCCACAAUAAGAGGAAGCGGAGCCAGGUUGUACCUCAUGAAGUUAUUGAAAUUGAUGAUGACGACCCUGAUGGAGUUUUGAUUGUUGGUGAUAAAACAUCAGCGGACAAGAAUAAGCAAACUGUUGUAUACCCUAUGGAUUGGGCAAAGCAUGGAAAGAGUAGUCUGGUUCAUGAAACUCCUGGCCCAAGCACAUAUGCUUCAAAAUUUGCCAAUCCAUGGGUUGACCUGAAAAUGUUUCAAGACGAUGCAGUUUACACCUAUUCUGAUGACUACCCUUAUGAGGGAUUUGAUGAAGACUAUGCUUAUGAUGAAGAUGAGUACGAAGAUGACAGUUAUGAUGCUUCACUUGUUGAAAGUGAGUAUAACUAUAGUUUGUCUUCCAAGUUUGAUAACUUGGGUAUUCCUCCUUGUGUGGAGCCUUCCCUACCGUGGAUGCAGAAGGCUGAGAUUGCAAAUAAGUCCAAACCAACUAAGAUCGUGGAUGCUAAAAUAGAAGAAAAAUACAAGGCAUUUAAGCAGUUUGAUACUGUUGAUGAUCAUAGUGAUCAUUAUUAUUCUAAGCCAGAGUUAAGAAACGUCCAGGUGGUAAAAAAGCCAUCAAAAGACUGGGCAAAAUGUAUUCAGCACGAGUGGAAAGUCCUAAGAAAAGAUUUGCCAGAUACUAUAUUUGUGAGGGCAUAUGAGGAUAGAAUGGACCUGCUUAGAGCUGUCAUUAUGGGACCAGCUGGCACUCCAUACCAUGAUGGGCUCUUCUUCUUUGACAUUUACUUCCCUCCACAAUAUCCAAAUGUACCACCAAUGGUGAAUUACCGUGCUGGUGGUCUGCGGCUUAAUCCAAACUUGUAUGCUUGUGGGAAGGUGUGCCUUAGCCUCCUAAACACCUGGACUGGCAGUGGAUGUGAGAAAUGGAAUCCAUCCAAUUCAACUAUGCUGCAGGUCUUGGUCUCCAUUCAGGCUUUGGUUUUGAAUGCCAAACCUUAUUUCAAUGAGCCUGGUUAUGCAAUGCAAGCUAACACAGCUCACGGGGAGAAGAAAUCCCUGACAUACAAUGAAGAUACAUUCCUUCUAUCAUGCAGGACGAUGCUGUAUUCUCUUCGAAAUCCACCGAAGAAUUUUGAGGAUUUUGUUGCUGGCCAUUUCCGCAAGUAUGGGCACAACAUCCUUGUGGCAUGCAGAGCCUACCUCGAAGGUGCCCAGGUCGGAUGCCUUGCUGGGGAUGGAGUGCAGGAUGUCGAUGAGGGUGACAAGAGCUGCUCAGUGAGGUUUAAGCAGUCGCUGAAGAGACUGUUUGAGGAACUUCUGAUGGAGUUCACUGCGAAGGGUGCAGACUGUGACAAAUUCCUCAACGAGAAGGCGGGAGCUGGGCCUUCCACAGUGGCAGCGGACACCACACUGAGGCUACUUAAACCUCCGAAGUCAAGCCUUCCGCGUUUUCUCCGUCCUCCCCGCCGUCGUCUCAUUCCCCUUCCCCAAAACCAGAUGGGCGAGGGGAGGAGGAGGCGAGAUCUCACUCGCCGCUCCAUCUCCGCCUCCCGGUCCCAAAUGGCGCCACCACGCGCGAACCCUACCCACCACCCGCGCCUGGCCCUCCCCCUCAUCAUCAUCCUGCUCCUGAUCCCCGCCGCCCCCGCCGCCGGAGAUACCUCCUUGUCCACGUUCUCCUACUCCCGCCACUGCCCCGGCCUCCCCGCGGCGGUCGACCUUCCCGCGGGCGACGGCCCCGCCCUCCCCACCCUCCAGCUCUCCACCGGCUACUUCUCCGGCGGGGCCCGCGCCUUCGGCCCCGAAACCUCCUCCCAGCCGCGGUCCUUCUCGCUCCUGCCCUCCUCCGUCGCCCGCACCGCCAACGCCUCGCUCCUCCACGUCUCCGCCACGCUCGUCGUCUCGGAGGGCCGCCGCCUGCCCCGCUACGGCCUCUUGGGCCGCAACCUCUUCGAGUACGACGGCCAGGCGCACAACUUCCGCCCUCGCCUCCCGCGCUUCACGGGGCGGCGCGGCUCCAUCACCUUCGGCCUGGAGGGCUACUACUCGACGGCCUCCGGCGAGCUCUGCAUGGUCGGCACCGGCUCCGGCCGCGCCGCCGACGGGAAGCCCGUGCACUUCCUCCCCGUCGUGCUCCAUCUCGGCUUCCCCAGCCCCGCCAACCUGACGCGGCCCUUCGUCACCGGCCGCCUCGAGAGCGUCGACACCAUCAGCCCCAUCGAGACCGUCUCACUCGUCGCCUACGCCGAGGAGGGAUACGCCUACGCGGAGAGCGCCUCCUGCCCACCGCCACCUGCAGGGAGGCUCGACGCGCUCCAGGUGUUCGAGGGUAGGAAUUUCUCGUGUGGUCACCUCAGUUCAAUGCUCAAACACCCGUUCAGGUUGGACUACCGGAGUGGCAGUGAGUCUACCGCAUCCUCACUGGGGCUCCACCAAAGGUACAUGUAUGUCAACCGGCUGCAAUGCAAGGAUGAUGGUGCUGUCCGUGCUUAUGUGGCAUUCACUGACCAGACAGAGGCAUCAAGGUACAAGUACAACUUCAUGCUGGGUGAGAAGGCGGUUGUGGCGGAUGGGUUCUGGGAUCGGCAGAGGAGCCGGCUUUGCCUCAAAGGGUGUCACGUGGUGAACUCGGGACUAUCCCGUGCGGAUUUGGCAGUGGGUGAGUGUGGAAUUGGGAUGAGCUUCUGGUUCCCAGCAGUGUGGUCAUUACAGCAACGGAGCUUUGCUGCUGGUCUGGUCUGGAAUACGAGUCUGAAAAGUGGUGAAGCCAUCGCUGCAGGUUCUAGUUCAAUCACUCCCAACUACAGGCCGUACAGGGGCAAUCUUGCUGGUUUGAAGUAUAAUUACACUAAGGUGGAUGAGGCUAUGAAGCACUAUGAGAAAUCUGGAUUGAACAAGAACAGGAAGGGAAAGUUCCCAGAUAUUAGUUCAUACCGAGACUUGGUGUUCCGUUUUUUUGUGCAGAAAGGGGGCGGUUCUGGAUAUGCAUCGCCUGUCACAAUUGGGUCAGUGUUGUUUGAUGGUAACUCCUUGGUGGUUCGAGAUCCCUUUUCCCAUCAUGUGACAACCGAGAUGAAGCAGAGACUGAUUAAUGUCAGUUACGACAUAUACUAUGUUGGGAAUUGGUCUCUAGAAUCAUUCCAUCGUCGGCAUAUCUCUGCAGAGGGUGUUUACGAUACUAAGACAGGCUCCCUUUGUAUGAUCGCUUGUCGAGUGCUUAACGUUUCAUCAGAUUGUGAAAUUCUAGUGACUGCUCAAUUUUCUUCUUUGGAUGCAAAAGUAGCACAGCAUGUGAAGGGGACUUUCAGAAGCUUGAGGAAGAAGACUGACCCUCUUUUCUUUGAAACACUGGACAUUGCUUCAUAUGGGAUGUAUGUAGACCAAGUGGAUGAAUCAAUAUGGAGAAUGGACUUAGAAAGCAUCAUGGCCUUGAUCUCUAUGACACUGGCAUGCAUCUUCAUUGCUGUGCAGCUUUUUCAUGUCAACAAGGUCCCUGAAGGACUUCCUGCCAUGUCAAUCACGAUGCUUGUUGUUCUGGCUUUGGGUUACAUGAUCCCUCUUGUACUGAACUUUGAGGCUCUCUUCAAGAACAGUAGCAAACAGACCUUCCCGCUUGCAGGCGGUGGUUGGCUUGAGGUGAAUGAAGUCAUGGUGCGAAUCAUUACUAUGAUAACAUUUCUGCUGCAGUUGCGACUUCUUCAGUUGGCAUGGUCUGCACGGUCUGUGGAUGUAAGCAAAGCUGAGUCAUGGGUUGCCGAGAGGAAAGUACUCUGGAUAUGCUUGCCACUGUACGUCAUUGGGGGAGUUAUUACUUGGGUUGUUCACAUGAGGUUUAACCACGGCCGAAGAAUGCUAAGGCAGGUUUUCCGGAUGAAGCCAGUUGGACAUGCAUUCUGGGAGGACCUUGUGUCUUAUGGUGGAUUAAUACUCGAUGGGUUUCUGCUCCCUCAAGUGAUCCUAAAUGCAUUCUCGGAUUCCAAAGUUAGAGCCCUUUCCCCAGGGUUUUACAUCGGAAGCACCAUGAUCCGUGCUCUGCCUCAUGUGUACGAUGUGUUCAGGAGAAAGCAUUUUGUGCCCAGCUUGAGACCAUCUUACAUGUAUGCAAGCCCUCAUGAUGAUCUCUUCAGCCUGGCAUGGGACAUUGUCAUACCUUGUGGAGCAAUACUACUGUCAGUGCUUCUCUUCUUUCAGCAGCGGCUUGGAGGUGCUUUCUUCCUUUGUUCUAAGAACAGGAAGACAAGGGAAUAUGAAAUGGUUUCCACAGUCAGUUCUUAAGAAAAACUUAGUUGAUUUGAAAUGGUUUUUACAGUCGGUUCUUGACAAGCUCUACAUCAUUGUUGCAGAAGAACUAUAGAGGGGGGUUUUACAUGUCGACAAAGAAAUAGCUGUUCCAGUUGAUGUUUGUUUUACAAAUGUGCUUGUUUGCAGCAAAAGUUACGUGCAUGUAUACCAAAGAUGAUACAUAAAUUGACUAAUUGAGCAAGUUUUGGGCCUUAAUUGAGCAAGUUUUGGGCCUUAA